AGACAGUUCACUGUAGAAGAAGAAGAGCCAUGCACCGGUCACUUCCGGAUCACGAUCGUAGGAGACAAACAUGACUCGACACGGGAAGAACUGCACAGCAGGAGCCGUUUACACUUAUCAUGAGAAGAGGAAAGACACCGCCGCUUCGGGUUAUGGGACACAGAGUGUGCGUUUGGGGAAGGAUGCGAUCAAAGAUUUCGACUGCUGCUGUCUCUCUUUGCAGCCCUGCAGGGACCCUGUUGUAACUGAGGAUGGGUACAUAUAUGAAAAAGAAGCCAUUCUGCAAUUCAUCCUUCACCAGAAAACUGAAAUUGCCAAGAAAAUGAAGGCAUAUGAGAAGCAGAAACAGGCUUUGAAGAGUGAAGGCCAGCUGGAGUCCAAGUCUGAGGAGCGACAGAGAGCUGAGAAGUUCAGAGAGAGAGAGAACAACAUCGUCUCCAAGCCAAUCAACCCCUUCACUUCAGGUAAAUCUGAAGAUGAUGAAAGCCAGAAGGGCUCAACCAGUUCUGAGACUUCAGCGGGGGAGUCCAGUUCUUCCUCAGCUCUGCCCAGCUUCUGGAUCCCCAGCCUCACACCAGAGGCCAAGCCCACCUUGGUUAAAAAACCUUCAAAGACGGUGUUCUGCCCCAUGUCAGGACGUCCUUUGAAGAUGAGUGAUUUGAUUUCAGUGCGCUUCACUCCACUCGACCCCAGUCUGGACCGAGUGGCCCUCCUCACACGCCAAGACAGAUACGUGUGUGCGGUAACCAAAGACACGCUUGGGAACUCGGUGCCCAGUGCAGUUCUCAGACCCUCUGGAGCCGUAGUCACUAUGGAGUGUGUGGAGAAGCUCAUAUUGAAAGACAUGAUUGAUCCAGUGACUGGAGACAAACUGAAAGAGAAGGACAUCAUACCCCUGCAGAGGGGUGGGACUGGCUUUGCGGGCUCAGGAGUGGAUCUCAAAGCUAAAGAGGCCAGACCCGUUAUGCAAGCAUAAACGAGAGGAUUGGACAACGCUUUGACCCUGUAAAUAUUAUCAUUCAUUUUGAAGGACCUUUUCUCAAGUGCUUUUGGGUGAGGGGUAAUUGAGUGGAUGCUAAAAGUGUUUCUCUUUGCCCCUAAAUAUACUAUCGUGUUAUGUGUACACUAUAUACAGCAUGUUUUUCUUUUUAAUAAAUAAUUCCUUUUACACACUU